AUGUGGUAUAGUACUACUUUGCCACGUCAACGGCCAAAUGAUCCUCCACCUCCACCUCCCCCGCAUAUGAUGAAAUCGGCAACUCUGAUGAGGAAUCGAAAUAAUGGAAUGAAUAAUAAUAAUAAUAGUGAACGGGGAGCUGUAGAUGUUAAUCGACUGAAAUCUGAUAUUGAAAUUGUAAGUUUGAAGUUGAAUUUUGUUACUUGAAGUAGCUUCAGUACGUCAUAUGUUGCUUGUAAACAACUUCAAAUUUAGGCUAAUUUGAGUGAUUUUUAAAAGAAAGAAACAACUUGUUUUCAGCUAUCCCAGCAAUUAGAAAUGGUCAAAGCUCGUCUAGAAUCAGCUCUUGCAGACAGAGAAGAAUCAGACAUUGAAGCGGCUGUGGAACAAAAUCCCUUACUUUCUCCAAUCAUCAAAAAACUUGUAAGAGAUGAUUCGGUUGAUUCAAGAACUUCCACGGCGUUAUUAUCAACACAUUCCGAUUCAAAUAAUUCAUAUACAUCAACUCCUCAUCCAACUGAAAAUGUGAUAGGAUUACAGUCGAGGAUAAAAUCAAUGUCGACAACUCAUUUAGCUCAAAAUCAUACAGAUCUUCCGAAUUUCACUGAAGUUCAGAACAAGAGAUUUUCAAUGUGUUUUCCAUCAUCUUCUUCAAAUUUUGUACCAGUUUUAAAAAGAAGAGAGACAUUCAGUAAAGUUGAUGAAAUCACAAAAGAGCUUCAAGCAAAACUUGGAAAAGUUAAAAGAACUGAAUCUUUAUCGGUUGGAAGAUUACAUGAUGCAGCACCGCCAAAACCAAUCCGAACUUUUAUUCAAGAUACUCAUCCUAAUUAUAAAUUUAAAUCAUCUACCUCAUCAUUUAUGUCAUCUUCUGUUGCAUUUUUAUCAAUGUGUAAUCAUAAAGAAUUUGUGGAAGCAAUCAAUAAACGCUUCACACAAGGACAAUGUUGGGUCAGUUUUUCAUUUCAAAAAAAAAUUCAAAAUUUUUAUAUCAUAGUUUUCAGUUUUCUCGUGGUGGUCAAUUAUAUUUUGUUAAUCCAUUUAACAAUGUCACAAGUUCCCGAUGCUCAUUUUAUUCAGUCAUUCCAAGUAUUACAUCAUCAUUAUUUGAAUCCAAGUCUUCUACAUUAUUCUUAAGAGGUGUUUCUGGUUCUGGAAAAUCGCAUAUUGCUGAAUUAGUUUGUCUUGAUAUUGUAAAUCGGCUUGAUAAUCAAGGCCAACUCAGCUCACUGUUUAAAACUGCAUUAACCGUACUCCGUCCAUUUUUGUCGGCUAACAACACUAACAAUAAUCAGUGCUCUAAAGCGGUUGGUUGAUCUGAUUUACUUUUUUCUCAACUAUUAAUUAAUUUUUCUAGGUAUUGCAUUAUGUGUUUCAAACAAGAGAUAAUCGUCUACACCGAAUUGUUUUACGACAUUUUCCAAUUGAAUCAAUGAGUCGUGGUUGUCGAGCAAAUAUUUUUGCCAUGGUUGCAAAUGAUUUGAGCGAACAAGAAAAAGGUUAGCAAUUCUAAAAAAAACACCUUAUGAAAACAUUGAAUUUUAGAAAAGUAUCGUAUUUCUGGUUUUCGUCUUCGUGAAAAUUGCAACAGUUAUGGUAAUUUUGAAGAUGUGCGACAGGCUCUGAAUAAUCUUGGAAUUGAUGUUCCCGAUAUGCUCAAGGUUAAACCCUCUUUUUAUAAAAUAAUUAGACGAUUUUUUUUCCAGAUUGUGUCCGCCUGUAUACUUUUGAAUAAUCUUAGCUUCAACAAAACGUCAACAGGCACAGAUGUUGAAAACAUUGCAGGUAUAUUGAUUUUUUAUUUCAAAAUUCUCCAUUCUAUUUUUGUAGAUCUUGAGGAUGCUUGUUCUUUAUUGGAAGUUUCUGCUCUGGCAAUGUAUCGCUAUAUGGUUUCAGAUGCUCUGAUGGAUGUGAGUUUCAAAAAAAAAAAGAAAUUCCUUUUUUAAUUGAUUUUAGAGCCGAAUGAUUAGAGAUAAUUUUGUAACCGCUCUAUAUUCAAGAACUGUCAAAUAUAUGAUGGACAAAAUCAAUGCAUUAUUAGAUAUUUUUCCUGAUUCAUAUGACCGAACAAGUGUUAUCACUGAUUCUGGAGUUAGUGUUGGAACAUUCAAUGAAAACAGUCAUAUAAUUCACAUUGUUGACAUACCAGGAUAUGUUAGAAAUACACAAAAUUCAUUGAAUGAAUUUAUUGUGAAUUCUACAAAUGAUAUUGUGCAAGGAACAGAUUCUGAAAUGAUUCAUAAAAUGUUGCAAAGUAUUGGAGUUGGAACAAAUAAUCAAGAAGAUUGGAAAGAGCGCUCUCCAAUGACCUUGAAACAUUGCUCAGAUUAUUUUGAAAUUAAUUAUGAUCCAAGAUUGAUGAUUGAGAGGAAUACAAAUGCACUGCCAAGAGAUCUAGUGAGUUUCAAAAAAUAUUCGGGUGUGAAAAAUAAUGUUCUUCAGAUUUCCAUUUUUGAUUAUCGAUCGUGCUCUUUUCAAUUCGGAGUUAAUUUAUUUUCAUCUGAUGUUGAGUGUAUCAUAAUAGAUGACAAUUUUGUGCCAUCAGCUGUUAGUUGGCCGUAUGAUGGAAAAUCUAUUGUAGAGAAUGUUUUGGAAUGUAUCAAAAAGUUGAAAAAAGAAAUAGGUGAAACAAGCUGUCAGCAAAUUAUUUGUUUGAAGGUAAAUUUUUAAUGAGAGGUUCAAUGAAAAUAAUCUUUACCUUCCAGAGUAAUGAAUCUUUGGAAUAUGCUAGAGUUCAUGAAAAUGGUCUUGGCUAUCAAUUGGAUCUUUAUCGAUCUGUUUUUGCAAAUGUCACUAGUUUGACUGAAAGGUAAGUGUUUUUUUAUUAAUGAUAUCAUUUUCUAACUAGAUCUUAUUACAGUACACUUUCCCCUCCUCCAGUAGUGAUUCCAAAACUUCCAUCACCAAGACAAUAUACAAUUCGUGAUGGUAAGAAGCAUCACUUCCCACAACGAAGAAACAUAUUGAUUGAUUUUCAAGGUAGAAAACAAGUUUUUCCUUUUCUGAAAAUCGAAUUCAUAAUUCAGAUCCAACAUCUGGUGUAAUGCUACGAGCUGGAGAAAUUGUGAAAGCGAUUGGAUUCAAUGGAGAAUGUUUUCUGGUGGAAAAUUCGAGAAGAGCUAGAGCAACAAUUCCUUUAUCUUUUACUGAAAAAUGCGUCGCUUUGAGUCAUAAAUAA